UUACUUGACUUUAUGUAUUUUUUCGACACACUGUGAUGCUGAGUCUGAAGAAAGAGGAACAGUAUUCGUCAGUAAUAAUGAAGUUGAUUAUUUUGUUCUGUUUCAUAGCCUCAAGUCUAGCCGACGGUGAUGAAGAAUUUGCUAACUACUCCACAACAAACCGUUGUUUUCCUGCUGACUUUCAUUUCGGGGUUAGCACUUCUGCUUACCAAAUAGAAGGGGCAUGGAAUCUAGACGGAAAAGGAGUUCAGAUAUAUGAUACUUUCACCCAUGAACACCCUGAGAAAAUGGAUGAUCGUUCCAAUGGAGAUGUGGCUUGCGAUUCCUACCACCUGUACAAGGAGGAUGUUGCUUGUAUGAAGGAAGUGGGGGUGGACUAUUACAGGUUUUCGAUUAGUUGGUCUAGAAUUUUACCCAAUGGAACUAUUGACAACAUCAACAAAGCUGGAAUAGACUACUACCUUAACGUACUGAAGGAACUUAAAGCUAACGGGAUCGCUUCCAUGGUCACAUUGUUUCAUUGGGAUUUACCAAAUGACUUGCAGAACAGAGGAGGUUGGCUCAAUCCAGAAAUUGUGGGUUGGUUUAAGGACUAUGCUAGAUUGUGCUUUGCGGAGUUUGGCCAAUACGUUGAAUCCUGGAUAAUAAUCAACGAACCCAAGCAGAUAUGCCAUUAUGGAUACGGCAACGGACAAUUCGCACCCGGAAUAGUAUCUCCUGGAAUUUUAGAAUAUGUAUGUGCGAGACACGUUCUACUGGCACAUGCGAAAGCUUGGAGAGUUUUUGAUGAAGAAUUUAGGGCCACUUUGAAGAGUAGAGUUUCCCUCGCCAUCGAUUCUGAAUGGUAUGAGCCUGCCUCGUCUUGUGAAGCAGAUGUAGUCGCUGCCGAAACAAAAUUACAGUUUGUGUUUGGUAUGUACGCCAAUCCUGUUAUCAAGGGGAACUGGCCACAAGUAAUGAUCGAUAACAUUGCCAGAUUCAGUAAGGCGCAGGGCUUCAACGAGUCUCGCUUGCCGCCAUUUUCAGACGAAGAAGUAGCGUUAAUCAAGGGUACCUACGACUUCAUAGCUCUCAAUCAUUAUACCUCGUACAUGGCCAGUGCAAUAACCCAUCCAAAUCACGUCGGAGAAGUUAGUUGGGAAGAAGACUCGGGGGUGAAUAUAUACAAAAAAUCAACAUGGCCAACUGCUGGAUAUCCUCACACGUCUUUACCAUGGGGUUUUGGAAGGCUUUUAAGGUGGAUCAAACAAACUUAUGGGAAUACUGAGAUCGUUAUUACUGAGAAUGGAACUCCCGAUACCACUGGCACUUUGAAUGAUGAAGAUAGAAUCGAUUUUAUGAGAUCAUACAUGAGUCAUAUGGUAGACGCAAUUUAUGAUGCUGGAGUGAACGUGACGGGAUACACCGUAUGGAGUAUUAUUGACAAUUUCGAAUGGACGGCAGGUUAUACUAAGAAAUUCGGCCUGUACCAUGUCAACAUGAGUGAUCCGUCAAGACCUAGGACAGCAAAAGAUUCUUCUAAAUAUUAUUCCAGAGUGAUUAGAACAAGAUGUCUCUUGGAUUUUUGUGAAUCAAUCAGAAAUGGUCCCGAUUCCACUAAAAAUUGUUGAAACAGGGUCCUUUUUAAUUUUCAACCUACAGCCAGAAUAUCUUUCAAAUCAAAUUGUUACAUAAGUAUACUAUCUGUAAAUAAAACGCAAAUGAUGAGGAUUCGAAGAUAUUUAAA